AUGACAGUUGCUUACAUCACUUUAUUAGUGAAUGAAGCGUAUUUACCAGGAGCUUUAACUGUGGCAAAAGUUUUGAAGAAAGACUUUAAAACGAGCCAUCCGUUAGCUAUAUUGCUAGACACAAGCCAAAUUAGCGAAAAGCUGACAAAAUUAAUUGAAGAGGUCUACGAUGACAUUAUACCAAUUGAUGGAAGUUUGGUAACAUCUCCUGUUGAUAAAUUGGUUUCUCAAUUGAAUAGACUAGAAUUAGCGGUGACAUUCACCAAGAUCUUGCUUUGGAAGCAAAUAAAGUAUACCAAAUUGGUAUAUCUCGAUUGUGACGUUUUACCAGUGCAAGGGAUAGACGAUUUGUUUGAAAUAGAGAUUGGAUCAAACCAGAUUGCGGCCUCGCCUGAUAGUGGAUGGCCAGAUAUUUUUAAUUCAGGGGUGAUAGUUUUGAAACCGAGUAUGGUUGUCUAUAGCGAAUUAAAUGAAUUUGUUGAGACUGAAGAUAACACAUUUGAUGGGGCAGACCAGGGGCUCUUAAACGAGUUUUUCAACGUCGCUUCUAAAGGCUUGAAUUGGGUUAGACUUCCAUUUCUUUACAAUGUGACCUUUUCGCAGUCAUAUCAAUACUUACCAGCAUUCGAUCGGUUUUUCAAAGAUAUUAGGAUUUUACAUUUUAUUGGUCUGCAGAAACCAUGGAUGUUCGGUGGAUACGACAGGUUCAAGGAAUACUGGUGGAGUGCAUUUAACAAGCAUUAUUCCCCUGAGACAGUACAAUACCUCUUGCAAACCACCGGAUCUGGCUCCAAGGGAGGCGAGGCAAGUGCGUUAAAUAUCAAGCCUUCCGCAAACGUCUGGGAUGUUGAAUCUGUCGAUAGUAAAGUGCAACAAGAAUUGCCAGAGAAGACCCCGUCGAUUUUCCCUUGGGAAGAGAGACGCGAUCAAGCGCCACCCACUAGAGUAUUUGCCGCAUUCUCAAGCCACCACUCCUCAAUUAGACCGUCUGAUAACCUGUCCAGAGGAAAAAAGGUCAGCAAGGUACCCCUGAGCUAUAAGGAUGAUAUCGAGACGUCAUCCAGUACUACAAGAUCAAAGGCGACCCAAUCUACUACAAGGCCAUACCAUUUUUCUGAAAGAUUCGAUCCAGACGAAUCGCUUGAAAGGGUAUCCAAGAUACCUGUAAAUUUGUUGAAGAAGAAGCUAGAACAAGAAAAGCUGAAGAAUCCAUGA